GUUCCCGGAGGGGCGGUCCUUCCUCCGGCCGCGGUGCGAGCUAGUAAAUGGUGAAGUACUUCCCGGCCAGGGGGCACCUGGGGCCGUGCGAUCUUGGUGGAGUGGAGUCGGAGAGGGUCCCGACCUGCGGUGAACCCAGCCUCGCGUGCGGAGUGCUGCCUUCAGGUCUGGCGGGCGGCAAGGAAAACGCAGUGGCGCCCGUGUAGGCGAGGCACGGCCGGGGGUGGCUCACUGACGGGUCCUGUGGCCCAGGACCUGGGAACGGAACGCCGGGGAGCCCUUGCCACCUCCCUUCCUUCACCCACGUGCCGUCCUGUCCCGGGCCGGAGCGGGGAGUUGGGACGCACCAAGUCCCCAACCCCAUUUCAGUCUAGAUCUUGCGGUUUACACCUUCAUGUGAGGUGAUUCCUAAGCAGCCAGGACCCGAGGCUGUAAAAGGGCUGCAGGAAAUGGACUGCAGUGUAAAAACCCAGAAGCAGAACUUGAACGUUUAACCACUGACCCAUUUCACAGAAUGUUUUAUGCAUUUAUGAACCAAAAGAUGGAGUUGAUUUUUAUUUUUAUAAAGGUAUUGUCAGUGAUCUGAUACAACUAUAAAUAUUUGAUUGAAGAUUCGUGGACAUGUCAUUAUGUUGGACUAGUCAUUUCUGAAAGUUUCUUCAACCAAAAUUUCUAUUUGAACAUUCAAGUAUCAAAGAAUUCUGGGUUUAGAAUGCCACAAUGAUGUAUUUUCUCUGAGGACUGCAAAUUUCAUAGAGACUACAGUUGGAUUCCAGUUACAUUCUCCAAUCAAAGUGAUUCAAUCCUUUGAUAAAAUUAAUUUUGAAGAGUUUUAUCUUUAUAAACGACGCCAAAAGAUGGGAGAAAAAAAUGGGGAUGCAAAAACUUUCUGGAUGGAACUGGAGGAUGAUGGAAAAGUGGACAUCAUAUUUGAGCAAGUGCAAAAUGUGCUGCAGUCACUAAAGCAGAAGAUCAAAGAUGGGUCUGCCACAAAUAAAGAGUACAUUCAAGCAAUGAUUCUAGUGAAUGAAGCAACUAUAAAUAACAAUUUAACAUUGAUAAAAGAUCAUAAAUCUUUGACCGAGAAUGAACAGGAAAACAAAUCAGGUUCAUUGCCAUCUACAUCAUAUGAAGACUUUGUUCCAGAAGACAGUACAAUUCUAUCUAUAAAAAAUGAGGAAUUUCCCCCUCUGGAAAAUAAAGCUGCAGACUUUAGAGAAAAAGAAUCAUCUUUGAAUUUAUCUUACAAAAGUCAUGACUGCUCUGGUACCUGUCUCACGAAAAUGCUACUAACCUUCAAGGGAGAAAACCCUCUGCAGCUACCAAUUACGUGCCACUUCCAAAGACGACAUGCAAAGACAAACUCUCAUUCUUCAGCACUCCACGUGAGUUAUAAAACCCCUUGUGGAAGGAGUCUACGAAACAUGGAGGAAGUUUUUCGUUACCUGCUUGAGACAGAGUGUAACGUUUUAUUUACAGAUAACUUUUCUUUUAAUACCUAUGUUCAGUUGACUCGGAAUUACCCAAAGCAAGAAGAAAUUGUUUCUGUUCUGGAUAUUAGCAAUGGAGUGGAAUUGGUGCCCAUUUCUUUCUGUAAUGAAAUUGACAGUAGAAAGCUUCCACACUUUAAGUACAGAAAGACUAUGUGGCCACGAGCAUAUUAUCUAAACAGCUUUUCCAACAUGUUUACUGAUUCAUGUGACUGUUCUGAGGGCUGCAUAGACAUAACAAAAUGUGCAUGUCUUCAAAUGACAGCAAGGAAUGCUGAGAUUUACUCCUUGUCAAGAGAUAAAAUAGCCGUUGGAUAUAAAUAUAAAAGACUACAGAGACAUAUACCUACUGGCAUUUAUGAAUGCAGCCUGUUGUGCAAGUGUAAUCGACAAAUGUGUCAAAACCGAGUAGUUCAGCAUGGACUUCAAGUGAGGCUACAGGUGUUCAAAACUGAGAAGAAGGGAUGGGGAGUACGCUGCCUAGAUGACAUUGACAGAGGGACAUUUGUUUGCACUUACUCAGGAAGAUUACUAAGUAGAUCUAACACUGAGAAAUGUGAUACUGUUGGAGAAAAUAGAGAAGAAGACAAUAUUAUGAAAAAUACGUUUUCAAAAAAGAGGAAAAUAGAAGUUGCAGAUUGUGAAGUUGAAGCUAUCCCUUUAAAAUUGGAAACAUGUCCUAGAAGUGCUAAGAGUGAAGAAUGUUCACCUAAGUUCAAUAAUAAUCCAGAAGAGCCUGUUAUAGAAAUGAAAUAUAACAAUAUUUCAAGAAUUCAGUGUCAUUCAGUCAUUAGAACUCCAGAAGCCAAGAUAGCCAUUAUUCAACCCGAUGGGAAAAAGAUGGGAUUUGCUUCCUCAGAAUCUGCCACCUUUGAAGAUAAUGAUGGAUUUAAACCAACCCAAGUACAUCUGAACUCUAAAGCCAAAGAGAUGAAAAUGGACUCAAGCUCAAAUCAAGUUGAAGAUUCUGAAGACAAUUUGCUGAUUGAAUCAGAUGUGAUAGAUAUAACUAAAGGUAGAGAAGAAACUUCACCAGGGGGCAUAUGUAACCAAGCAACCACACUGGAUAAUCAGAAUAUUAUGAAGAAGUUUGAGGUUCAAAUACUAAAGCCCCAAGAGGAAAACUCUCCAGCAUGUCAAAACCAUUAUGUCUUUUGUAAUAAAGAGUUGCCAGGUGAAACCAAGAAUAAUACUUCAUGUGAAUCUCUCAAGUUCAGUAAAGGAAGAGUGUUUUUAUUGGAUGCCACAAAGGAAGGAAAUGUGGGCCGCUUUCUUAAUCAUAGUUGUUGCCCAAAUCUUUUGGUACAGAAUGUUUUUGUAGAAACACAUGACAGGAAUUUUCCAUUGGUGGCAUUCUUCACCAACAGGUAUGUGAAAGCAAGAACAGAAUUAACAUGGGAUUAUGGUUAUGAACCUGGAACUGUGCCAGAUAAAGAAAUCCUCUGCCAAUGUGGGGUUAAUAAGUGCAGGAAAAAAAUACUAUAAAUGUUGGAGCUAAUGCCUGUUCAUGAAACUAGCUGUUCAAGCUGAAAUUAGAGCCAUAGAAAAGGAUGCUCAGUUGUCAGUGGAAUUUAGUUUUUGAUUCAUGAAGAGAAUUCCUCAGUCUUCUCUUGUCAGGGAGUUCAUCUGUGUGACUUAGAAAUGCUAGGAACAAAAUAAGGACAGUUUCAUACACAUAGGGUAUCUCUUGAUUCUUACCGUUAUUCAACUUUACAUGAGUAAGAUGGAAGUAUGUCUUUUCUAUGAAAUACUGCUAUAUAACUUGUAAUUUAUUUGUAAGCUAUAUAUUAAGAGAAACAAAUGUUACAAUAUAAUUAAGUUGUUCUUAAUUGUUUUUUAUUAUUGUCUUUGAGUUCAUGGAUCCAAAUGGCCACAUUUCAUGACUUUACCUACAAAAUUUAUUUAUGUUUAAUUCCUGACAAUAGCGUGAGGAAUAUAGCUCCAUGAAGUACUGUCGCAUUAAACCACUUGAGUGAGAAAGGGUGAGAAGCCCUUCAAUAGAGAAGAGUUUGGCAAACUCUUUGAGGUGAAACUGCUUUCCAAUAGAUUCUCGUUAUUCCUUUAAUACUAACACAGACAGGAAAAGAGGGAAUAGAAACCUAGAGGAAUUGGAAGAUAUUUGUUCUAGAUUGAGCCAUAGAAAAAGAAAACAGGAAAUUAGUCAGAUUUGGCUUAUUUAGACUAGAAGAGAUUGUGCUGGGCAAGAGUUUCAUUUAAAAAACAGAACAACUGAGCUUCAAGUUUGAAACAUCCUUUUGCAUUCUCCUGAGCAUGUUGUGCAGAUUGGUUUUCUAGAGGAAAAGGGAAGGUUACCUAGCGCUGGCCUAGUGGAAAGGGGGCUGGAAAUCUCCAAUAGUUAAAACUGAUUUCUCCUUAACAAAGGUGUACUGUACUGUAUAUUCGGCUGUCAGGAACUUACCCCUUAAAACCAGGAUGGGAAUACUAGCUCAAAAAGGAGUAAAUAAAAGGUCUCAUUUUUGAGAGAUCAUGUUGUUUUUGGGUUUUCUUUUUUUUUCUGAACUUGCGGGGUUUAGUUUGGUUACCUUUCAAAGUUCAUUCUAAGUUUAGACCCAAUUUAAUUUCUUUAAAAUAUUGAACUAGGUGAAAAUUUAACUUGAAAUUGUUUUAGAGCAUGGGGAACCAAAGAACGAGAAAGAGCAAAAAAUUAUAACUCAGCAGCCUGUAGAUUGAUGAGAAAAGUUGAGCAGUCCAUUUAUUCACAGUAAAGAUGGCAAGAAUUUUAGGCAUUGCACUAAAAUGAAGUGAAGACACUUGAUCAGCAUGGGAAAUAUUUUUGUGUAGAAAUCCUGGUAUCUUAAUCUGCUUCAGUCUGUGUUGGUUUACAGCUAUCAUCUUCCAUCAGUGUCCUAGAGACCCCCUUUUUCUCUCCUGUGUCAAAUCUGUUUCCAGUUACAUCCAUUAUUUCCCAUUUCCUUGGUUUACUUCCACAUAUUGGUGAAGCACAUCCUUCAAUACCUUUUGAAAAGGAAAAAUGAGAGGUAAAUAUUUUGAGACCUUGCAUGUUUGAAAAUAUUGUUGUACGCUGAAACCCGUUUGGCUCAGUGGAUGGGGCGUCGGCCUGCGGACUGAAGGGUCCCAGGUUCGAUUCCGGUCGGGGGCAUGUGCCUGGGUUGCAGGCACAUCUCCAAUGGGGGAUGUGCAGGAGGCAGCUGAUCGAUGUUUCUCUCUCAUCGAUGUUUCUGGCUCUCUCUCUCCCUUCCUCUCUGUGAAAAAUCAAUAAAAUAUAUUUUUUAAAAAAGAAAAUAUUGUUGUACCACUACACUUGUUUGCUAUUUUGACAAGGUAUAGAAUUCUUGAGUAGCCUCCAUUCCCAAUUUUGAAGGCAUCUGCUAAACUUUCAGUAUUGCUGCUGGGACGUUUGAAGACAUUCUUGCUUUGAUAUCCAGGGUGACUAUUGGAUGUCAGAUGCCAUUCUGUUCUUUUUGUAUAUGCAACCCGUUUUUAUCUCUCUAGAAGCUUAUAGUAUUACUUUGUCCCAAUGUUCUGUUCCUGGUAAGGGUUCAUUUUCAUCCCUUAUAUGGGGUGCUUGGUGGGGUCUUUCAAACAUUGUCCUUCAGGGAAAUAUUUUCUUUAAUGACUGCUCAUCUGUUCUCUCAUUCUAGAAUUCCUGUUACCCAGAUGGUAGACCUCCAGGAUUGGUUCUCUUAUUUUCUUAUCUUUUCUCUUAAUUUCCCGCUCUUGUCUUCUAGCUCUACUUUCUAGAAGACUUCAUCAACUUAAUUUUCUAAUUAGUCUAAUAUGUUUUAUUUUUCUGGUCUCAGAUUUUUUUAUUUCUAGGGCUCUUUUUUCUUCCCUGAAUGUUCUUUAAUAGCAUCUUUUUUUGGUUCUUGGUUGUAGUAUAUCUUUGAACACAUACAUUUAUAUUUUCUUCAUGCAUAUUUUUGUGACCGCUAAGUUUCAUUUAUUUGUUUUCCCUGUAUGUUUCCUUUGGUCUUUGUUUUUGUGUGUGUGUGUUACAGGCUUUCCUCAGUGAUGAUAGGGUCUACUACUGCUUAAGAGUAGAACACCAGAAUGAUAAACUGAGAGUGGUGGAAGGUGUUUUUCAAAUGUUUCACAAUGACUUAGGUAGCUAAAUUAUUCAGUCUCUAAUUCAGUUUCUUUAGGACUUCCUGUUUGGCAAGGAAUAAAGGCCUAAUUCUGAGAUAUUACAGUUUGGUAAUAUACCGUAAUGAAGCAAGUAUCAUAGUAAAGCAAGUGGUAAUCUUUUUGCUGAUGGAAGGUCUUGCCUUCAAUUUGUAAAAAAAAACCCACAAAACUCAACACCUGUAAAGUGCAAUAAAGCUAAGCGCAAUAAAAUGGGUUGUGCUUGUAAUUCUUCUAUUCACCUGCUUGAGAUGCAAUAAACUUGGCUGUAGGAGUCCCUCCCUUUUUUUUCUCCUGUUUUGCAGCCCUAUGCUCUUGCUUCUGCAAUCCAUUUAUGUAUUUGUCAAGACUAUCCAGCUUAUCGUUUUUAAUAUUCUCUUUUCUGCUGUCCCCAACUUGCCUCUUUUCCUCUUUAAAGUUUGCUCACAUUGCAAGAUCUCCAGAAGUUUUCUUUUAAUUCCUCAGCAAUUCACCAUUAUGUGCUUCUUUUCCAGAACAACUUAAUUUCAACUGUAUGUUCUCUACCGGUAUAUUUGUUAACAUGCACUGAAAACCUCCUCUUGUAUGGUGCUGUGUACCCCAUGGGUGCUAAAUAAAGGCUUGCAACUGGUAACUGCA